UUCUUUCUCUUUGUAGAAUCAAAAUGAAGAUUUACAACCUUCGAUCCUGAAAAUGAUUCCAUCUUUCUUAUUUUCAUCAGUUUUUCGACAUAAAAUCUUAAUAGAUUUGAAAGAAUGUUUCAUGAGAAUGAAUAAACAUGAUUCUGUUUUUGAAGUUGCUAAAUCAUUUCCACUUUUGAUUUGCAUUUUUUCUAAUACAACUACUUUAUCCAGAAGUCUCAUUGAAAAAGACUUGAAAAUUGUAUGUAAAAAGUGUACACUCGAAUUUUGUACCUCAGAGGAUACUGUUCCUCUAUCUACUGUAAACUGCCUCUCUGACUUAAUAGUUUUUUUACUGAAUCAUCCAUCAGAAGUUAUCCGCAAAGAGUCCAUUAAAAGCAUUGUUCCAUUUUUAUCUCACUUCAAAAUAAUCGAAAAAGUUUUAUCUUCUGUGAUGGAGAGAAUGAUUGACUCUGAUCCUAUUGUGAGAUCAAGUCUUAGUGAAAUAAUUGGUGCUGGUUUGAAACCUCUUGUUACUAAAGAACUUAGCUCUAGCCAAACAGGAGAAAUUGAGGAAAAAUUAAUUUUAUCUCUUCAAGCAUCUCUUCUUGCUGCAAAGUGUAGUGGAAAUUCACAGUUUCAAAGAACUGUUAUCAUUAGUAUAGGUGAGAUUGGUAAAAUCUCAGACAGUGGUUUACUUCUUAUUACCAUUAUAAGUUUGCUUGAAAGCUGCAUGACAUCAGUACCUUCAGUUAAAGUUACUGCAAAAUUAAAGCUUAAAGAAAUAGCAGAAGCGAAGUCUUUGAAAAUGUAUGAUUUACUUAAAGAUUUCAAAGAUGCAAUUUGCAAAUUUUUGGCAGAGUAUUUAUUUGUUAAAAACCCUGAAAAUGCAACACAGGUGCAGCCUAUUUUGGAAGAAAUUCGUAUUAUUUUUGGAUUUGGUGAUUUGAAAUCGUUUUUUAACCAAAUUCAACACUGCAUAUUGCCUUAUCUUAUCGCUAAAGGAACUCUUCAAGCUUCUGUAUUGUUAGACACACUCUCCCUAACUUUAAGAGUUGAAAAAAGGGAAAUCCUCAUCAAUAGUUUUCCAUUUAUAUUCUCUCAUUUUGUACGCCAUUGUAGUAAUCCUGAUUUGGAGAAAGCAUUAAUAUUUAUUCAGGAGGAAACUGGUCUUGAACUUGGCAGUUUAUUAAGAUGUAAUUAUCAGUCUGUGCACUAUGAAUUACUUCUUCAUCUUGGUACUCACUAUCAACAAGUUUUCAAAGGCUUAGCAAUUUUGGCAUUAAAAAGUGGAAGUGUAGAAAAUUCAGGAUCUUUGAUUACUCAUGCUGAAGAAAUGGCUAACUAUCUACAGCCUAAACUUCUUGGAUUUUUGGUAUUUUUUGAUGCUCAUAUGCUAAAAAGCUCAAUUCUAAACAAAAAAUUGGCCCUUGAAAGUUUGGUUUCUAUAAUGCAAUUGAUGGGUACUCGUGCAAUUACAGCUGUUCGCUUUAAGCUGAUGGCCACUCUUCGUCUGACUUUACGAUUUAAAAAAGAUGACUUUCCCAAAAUUUGCUGCAAAGCUUGGAAUACAUUUGUUCGCAGUAUUGAAGUGUCAUGUUUGGGACCUCUUAUAAAUCAGAUUAUUGUGGCUUUAUUACCUUUGUUGGAACUUGAAAGUUCAUCAGUUGCAGAAAUAUUUCAUUAUCUUAUAAUAGAAAAAAGAGCCUAUCUCAGUGAGUUUUAUCAUGAUUUAUAUUUUGUUCCUGAUACUCCUGAAUUACAGGACAUCAAUUUAGUAUUGAAAGAUUAUACUUCAAGUCCAUCUAGCAUGACUGACUUUUGUUCUUUGUUAAGUCAUUCCUUAAAGGGGAUUAGUCAUGAAAACUUAGAGAUUAGAUUACAUGCUCUUGAAAAGCUGAAACAGGUUCUGCAUGCUAAUCAGACUUCUAUCCAUGAGCAUUUGCAUGGUAGGGAAAAUGUUGAUAAUCUACUAUCAAAUCUUGUUGCUGCUCUAAUAUCUGGAUGUCGAGAACCAGAUAGUAGGAUACAAAUAGCUUUAGGAGAAUGUUUAGGUGAACUUGGUGCUAUUGAUCCAGGAAGAUUAGACAUGAAAAGUGCUAGCUCAACAGAGACAUCGGACAAAUUUUUCAGUAGCAUUGACGAUGAGGAUUUUGCAUAUGCUUUGAUUCAAGAAUUAGUGCAUUCGUUUUUGGCUGCUGAAGAUAGUGGUGUUCAAGAUUGUUCAGCAUUUGCUAUUCAAGAAGUUUUGAGAUAUUACAAAUGCUCUAAUGAAAGUGGCUCAAGUGGAAGCCAUUUAUGGAAACGAUUUCCUUCUGAUAUACAAGAAAUAUUAGUUGUUUUGUUUCAUUCUCAGUAUAAACCUUUGGAAAAAUCUCGGAAAAAGUAUCCAGCACCAAUAUUCAGAAGCAAAGUGGGCCACACUUUCAAGGAGUGGAGCAAAAAUUGGUUUUAUUGUUUAUUACAAAAAGUGAAAAAGGAAGGUCCGUCAAGAUUAUUUCAUGCUUGUUCUAUUAUUGUAAAAUAUGAUCUUAAUUGCACCUUGUUUUUGUUGCCACACUUAGUUGUUUAUGCUUUACUAGAUUCAACUGAAAUGGAAAGAAACGAAAUACGCGAUGAAAUCAUAGCCAUUCUGCAGUAUAGUGAAACAUCAGCAUCCAUGAAUGACCUUUGCCGUUUGAGUUCACAGAUAGUUUUUUCCAUUGUUGAUCACUUGACAAAAUGGCUUUAUAUUUAUCAACAUGAGCAUAUAAAAUCAUCAGGCCGCUCAGGUGUUAGGAUAACUGCAAUAAAAAUGUCUGAAGAUAAAAAUUACUCUGCUGUAAAUGGUUGUUUGGUGCAGAUCUCCCAGAUUCUUCUUGCCAAGUCAGCAUUUUCUUGCCAAGCCUAUGCUCGGGCUUUAAUGCAUUUAGAAAAGCACCUGAAGAAAUAUCCAGAUCAACUUGAAAAUAACAUUAGUUUUAAACAGAAAAUCUACUCUGCUCUGGAUGAUCCUGAUGGUGUUGCAGGUGUUGCUGCAAUUAGAAAAGACGAACCACCUUUGCUUGACUUGAUUUUAGAAAAUGAAGCUACAGGAGAUUUGUAUGGUGCAUUUGCCUGUUACGAGAAAGCUAUAAAAUUGUAUCCUAAUCAAGUUAACUAUCACUGUGGCUUCUUAAAGUGCUUUCUUGGAAUGGAUCAACCAACAACGGCUAUUUCAUAUGCAAAUGGUAUUCUGAGUGAAAAACCUGAAUGGAAACAGAAACUAAAUUGCUACAGAGUAGAGGCUGCAUGGAAAUUGGCUAAUUGGGAUAAUCUUGACCAAUUUUUAAACGAGGGCGAGAAUAAUACGGAAUGGAUUGUAGGAAUUGGAAAUAUCUUACACUUAGCUAACAAGAAGGAAGCUGAUAAACUCCAAACGUAUACUAAACUAAUACGCAGUAAUCAAAUGGCACCACUUUCAGCUGCAUCUAUGGAAAAAGGAGCUUACUUAAGAGGUUAUGAAUAUCUUAUUAGGAUGCAUAUGUUGACAGAUUUGCAGCAUUGUGUGGACUAUAUUUUCAACCAUAAUGAAGAAAACAAUCCAUCAGGAAAUAAUUCUACGUUUUUCAAAAGCAUUUUGCCAGCACUGAACUUAAGAAAACAGCUUGUGCAGUCAUCUUUGAGGUAUCAAGAGCCAUUAUAUAGCUUGCACCGAGUUCUUCUAAAAGUUGGAAAAGAAAAAUUACCUGAGCUUUCAGCAAAUUUCGAUCAAGAAAUUACCAAAUGUUGGUUACAGAGUGCGAAACUUGCUAGAAAAAAUGGGCAUCAGCAGCGAGCUUAUAAUUGUUUAUUAGAAGCUGGCACAGCUAACAAUGCUGAUGUUUUUAUGGAAAAAACAAAAUGGCUUUGGAGCAAGAAAGAGAAAGAGCAAGCCAUAUAUUGUUUGCAAAAAGGAAUAAAUGAACGUUUUCCUUCAGUUCAAAAGUCAAUAUCGUCAAGUUUAACUUCUGAAGAAAAGUUUAUGUGUGCAAAGGCAAAAUUAUUGCUAGCCACUUAUAGUGAAGAAUGUUCUAUUGUUGAUAGCAAUAGUUUGAUUGCUAUGUAUAAAGAAGUUGUUAAUUUACAACCUAACUGGGAAGCUAGUCAUUUUCACCUAGCCAAGUACUAUGAUAAAAUGCUUAACACAGCUGAAGCUUUUGAAUCGAAAUCAGAUUUGAUGAUCAAAGUUGUUUAUAAUUUUGGCACCUCCCUGAAAUAUGGCUGCAAAAAUGUUUACCAUUCACUACCCAGAUUGUUGGACAUUUGGUUUGAUCUAGGAACUUCACAGUUAGAAGAAGGCACAUCUAAAAAGCAACAUACUUCAUUCAAAAUUAUGUCAGCUUGCCUAGAAAAAAUAAGAAAUUUGAUACUAGAGUUUUUUGAAAGUAUUCCUGAUUAUUUGUUCAUGACCGCAUUUCCGCAACUUGUCUCUCGAAUUUGCCAUUCUCACCCUGAUGUAACUGGUCCAUUGCAAAAAUUGAUUGCUAGACUUUUGGCAACUUAUUCUCAACAAUCAAUGUGGAUGAUGAUGGCAGUUUCAAAAUCUACUUAUCUAGUAAGAAGUAAACGCUGUAAGCAAAUAUUUCAAGAAGCCAUAACCUUGAACCCAAGAUUAGGGAAGUACAUAACUGACACAAUUAGAUUGGCUGAUAAGUUGGUAGAGUUGAGCAACAAAAAUGUUGGUGAUACUAAUGUUUUAAGCUUAAGUGAAAACUUUACUGGUCUCUUGAAACUUUUUGAUGAUAAAAACUUUAGUCAAAUUAUGAUUCCAACUCAAACACAAAUGAUUGUGACAAUGCCUAAUGGUUAUGUAUCUAACACUAAAUACAAUGCAUUCCCUUUUACUCCAGUAUACAUUAAAGGCUUUGCGGAUGCAGUUGAAGUCUUCUCUUCACUUCAAAAACCAAAGAAAGUUAUUGUUCUUGGAAGUGAUGGAAAGUUAUAUCCAAUGAUGUGUAAACCUAAGGAUGAUCUGAGAAAAGAUUGCCGAUUGAUGGAAUUCAAUAAUUUAGUUAAUAGAUAUUUGAAAAGUGAUCCUGAAGCUAGAAAGCGACAACUUUACAUUCGAACUUAUGCAGUUGUACCCUUAAAUGAAGAAUGUGGCCUCAUUGAAUGGGUGCCCAAUUUGCAUGGGUUACGCUUAAUACUGUCAAAACUUUAUCGACUGAGAGGAAUGUUUAUAUCAGGACGAGAGAUUAGAGCUAUGAUGCCUUCCAAAACUGCAACAUUUGAAGAGAAGCUUAGUAUAUUCAAAACUAGAUUCCUUCCAAAAUUUCCUCCCAUCUUUCAUGAUUGGUUUCUAAUAACAUUCCCUGAUCCCAUGGCAUGGUAUCAUGCUCGUCUUGCUUAUGCUCGCACAACUGCUGUUAUGAGCAUGGUCGGAUACAUUGUUGGACUUGGCGACAGGCAUGGAGAAAACAUAUUGUUUGAUUCUAGCUGUGGUGAUACUGUUCAUGUUGACUUAAAUUGCUUAUUUAACAAGGGAGAAACUAUGGAAUAUCCAGAAUGUGUUCCAUUUCGUUUAACUCACAAUAUGAUUGAUGCUAUGGGUCCAACAGGUUAUGAAGGAUCAUUUAGAAAAGCUUGCGAAGUUACUAUGCGUGUUAUGCGUAGCAAAACAGAUGCUUUAAUGAGUGUUUUGCGUCCUUUUGUGCAUGAUCCUUUAGUUGAAUGGAGCAGAUCUAAGCAUCAUAAAACACAACUUGAAUCUGGAGAGAUCACAAAUGAACAAGGUUUAACUCAUGUUAAAGAUAUUGAACUAAGAUUAAAUGGCAUCAUAAAAUCAAAAAACAAGCAACAAGGUUUGCCACUGUCCAUUGAAGGUCAAGUUAACCAUUUAAUUCAAGAAGCUGUGGAUAUUAAAAACUUGAGCCAAAUGUAUAUUGGAUGGGCAGCUUAUAUGUGAGCAGUUUGUGAUAAUUAUACAGUCUUGCAUAGAAUUUAAAUAUAAAUGCAGUGUUGAAUUGAAUUUUAUAAAGCUAUUGUUGAGAUUAUUUUUUAAACAAUAAGAAUUACGAGUCUGUAAUAUACCAUGUAAAAUAUUUUUGUUAAUAUUUCUAAAUAAAAGUUUUCAUAAAGCU